AUGUCAGAAAACGUCGUGGAGAAGGGCGGCUCCGGAAAAGCGCUCUCACGGGCAGUCAUUGCCGACAUGUUGACGAAGAAUUUCGAGAAACUGCCUGACAUUGACCAAAAACUUUUCCUGUAUGGACCUUUUUAUCUCGGGGGAAACGCCGGACUUGCGGGGCUGAUUUCCAACAGCUUCUAUCGCCGGACGCUCAACGUCAGGGCGGCGCGCUUCGCCUCCAACCUGCCGAUGGCCGUGCUGCCCUUUCUGACCACCUGUGCCCUGUACAAUGCAACGGUCUCUAAACCGCUGCUGUCCGGUGAAUUGAACUGCCCCACGUGUUCGCUAAUUCGCGGCGCCCUCGUUGGCGUGGUGGGUGGGGGGCUGUACCCCAUCCUCCUGGCCUUACCUCUGAACAUUGGCCUAGCAUCCAGGUACGCGUCAGCACCCCUGCCGGAGAACGGAAACCUGCUGCGCUACUGCGUGGACAUCUCCAGACCGGUCUUUAACAAAAUGAGGGCAGUUAUUUUGCUCCAGGCCUUCUUUGGCACAUACCUGGGCUCCAGGGACUUUGAAUCUUAUGCCAAACUGGCAGAGAUAACCUUUGGCCGGAGUAAGGAACAGCUGCAAGACUGA